UGCGUCUCCCCGGAUUUGAUGAGUCGUGUGUGUCUCCUUGGAACAGGGCACCCCUCUGGUGUCUCGUGGGAAGUCGAUUUUGAAGAGAUUAAAAAUAUUUCUGGAGCGAUUGAUGCACGUCGGAUGAAUCGUGUGGCGAAUGUUGAAAAAGUGAAAAGUCUCCUGAGGUGGUGAAUUGAAGCCAUAGGAUAACCGACACGAUGGGGGCCGAGCAAAGUGGUGAUUCUGAGCACAAACACUCUGACUACAGCACCUCGGUGGUGCCCUCACCAGCAAAGCAGAAGGCUAAAAUGGAUGACAUUGUGGUGGUGGCCCAGGGGACACAGUCAUUGCGCAACAUCCACAAUGACCCUGAUGUCAUCAAGCUUCAGGAAAUCCCAACUUUUCAGCCAUUGUUGAAAGGUGUGCUGAGUGGCCAGACAUCCCCCAGCAGUGUGUGUCUGGAGCGGCUGGACUAUGCCCAGGUGCUGCAGCUCUGCAUCCGCUAUCAGGACCACCUACGCCAGUGUUCUGAGGCCGUGGCCUUCGACCAGAACGCCCUGGUCAAGAGGAUCAAAGAGAUGGACCUAUCGGUGGAGACUUUGUUCAGCAUCAUGCAGGACCGUCAGAAGCGCUACGCCAAGUACGCUGAGCAGAUCCAGAAGGUGAACGAGAUGUCCAUGAUCUUGCGGCGUAUCCAGAUGGGCAUCGACCAGACCAUCCCUCUGAUGGAGAGGCUCAACAACCUGCUGCCGGAGAGCGAACGCCUGGAGCCCUUCGGCAUGAGGCCGGAGGGGGACGCUGCAGCCAAGUAAUAGUAGUAGCAGCAUUGCCUGAGUACGCUGAUACACUCACUGUCAUGGACCUCUAGUCUUACCUCCCAUGCCCCUGCCAACCACCACUCCAGAGAGACUUCUGAAAGCACUUUAUUGAAUCAUUUAGAGAAAGAGAGAGGGAGGGAGCGAGCAAAAGAAAGAGAACGCUGCCCCACCAGCUCCCCAAGCCAUCUUGAACCCUUCACGUCCACAAUUCACCAUCCCACCAGGCCUGGACAUUUAGCUCAGCCCCUCACCAUAAGCCAUACACACGUCCCACCAAAUCCAGCAGAAGCAGUGGGGUACAGGGACAGCUGCACCCCACACUGGGGUUUACAUGUCAGUGAGUGUUAACCACCUUCAGUCAAGGAAUUGGAAGACUGCAAAACAGAAGUUGACUUGAUGAUGCACUGAAGGGAAACUUCUUGGAUUACUGGUACUUUGAGGACACCACACGAAGUGUGGCGACAAAAUGACUUCCAAAAAUGACUUCAUCUCUAGAAGUAAUAUUGGUCAAAGAUGAGCUCAGAAGACUCCCAUAAAAGAAGCUAACUUAUUAGCUUAUUAGCCAAUAAGCUUUAGCUUAUUAUUCAGCUCUGGCAACUGACCUAUAGAUUCUGUGUUGCACUGUGCAGCAUGUGAGAAACCUAGUAGUCUCAAAUGUGGCAUAUUGUGCAAAUUAGGCCUACACAUAGCUACAGCUUUGUGGAAGAUCAUUUAUGGAUAUCACUUCAAACCAUCGAUAGUAAUCUGUGUGAAUUUUGUGAAAGUUAUGUGUGUUAGAUGCUUGAAUAUUUUGGUUUCUCUGUGAGUUUCAAAUGAUUUACCUAACAACGGCGUUUUAUUUGGGAAAGAAAAAAAAAAUGGAAUUUGAAUAAUUUGAAUUUCUUUCCAAAUGUAUAAAGGUGCUUAUACUGUUCUGUUUACUAAAGAAUCAGAUACUUAUCCUCUCAAUUGGAUGUGAUGUUUGGUUAUAGGAUAUUGACAUUUGGUGUUAUCACAUAGUCAGGUCCAAAUUUAUUGGCACCCUUGAUAAAGAUGAGCAAAAAAGACUAAAAUAUAUAAUACAAAUACUGUGCUAUAUUGUAUGCAAAAAAAAGGGUGGGGGGGCAAUCAUUUUAUACUUUACAAUUGCUCAGAGAAAGAGAUUUUGUCAGUACUCACCUUGCCAGGAUAACGGCACUGAGCCUUUUCCUCAAAUGUUUUAUGAGAUCGGAGAACACAUUGGGAGGGAUCUUAAACCUUUCCUCCAUAAAGAAUCGUUCCAGAGCCUUGUUAUGCUUCAUCUGCGCUUAUGGACUGCUCUCUUCAAUUCAACGACAGAUUUUCAAUAGGGUUAAAGUCCGGAGACUCAGAGUUUUGUUUUCAAUUAACUUUUUUUUUGGUGUGGAUUUUCUUGUGUGCUUGAGGUUAUUGUCUUGCUGGAAGAUCCAUUUGCGGUCAAGUUUCAGCCUCCUGGCAGAGGCAUCUAGGUUUUUGACAAAAACGUCCUGGUACUUGGUAAAGUUCAUGAUGCUGUUGACCUUAACAAAGGCCAUAGGACCAGUGGAAGCAAAAUAGCCCCAUAACAUCAAAGAUCCACCACCAUAUUCUACAGUAGGUAUGGGAUACUUUCCAACGUCAAACGGUUGCAGACCCGGCACCAGGAUAAAGUGACUAAGGGGGAGGUUGAAAUCGGUGAGCCGGAUUGGAGUUAUAUUGUGUUCUCGCAUUGGAGUUGUAUUGAAUUCUGCUUAUUUCACGCUAUACCAUAAGUGCUUUUGAAGUGACAGGUUGGUGCGAAAUCAGUAGGCUAUCUGCGCUCAGCUGUAUCAGCACAAUGAACAACGCCCUACACAUUAAAGCAAGGCUGUGUUGGUAAUGAAUAUAGGCCACAAGAUAGGUUGUUUGUAAUCGGUGAAUAACACUAUGUGAAUACAGCUGUCUUACCAAAACAAUGCAAACUAAAUGCUGAAAGUAGUAGCCUAGUAAUUAAUGCAUGCAAACAAAAAUACUGAAUAGCGGUUUGGUUUAGAAUACUGACACAACUGUGAAUAAGAAACGAAUGAAUGUGAACAGAACAAAGCAGCCAGCGGCAUGAUACAAUCUGUAUUUAAGCCCGUUACAAUAACAGUAAACAAACGCAGUAAAAAUAUAAAAAUAACCAAAACAGGCUUCUAUAGUGCACAGCUGUCUUGUCAAACAAAUAGGCCUAUAGGCCUGCUUCAAACAUGAAAAACCAUGCGUACCAUGAGUACAGCAACACGGAUCAAAUUCGGACCCACGUAAUCAAUUAAGCAAUGCCAGCCUACCAUAAACAUGUUUCCAAUAAGUACAGUUUCAUUUACAACCACGAAAACCAUAAUAGAACGUAUCUAUACUGAACAAAAAUAUAAACGCAAAAUGUAAAGUGUUCGUCCCAUGUUUCAUGAGUUGAAAUAAAAGAUCCCAGAAUUUUUCCAAAUGCACAAAAA